AUGUUGAAGUUUGUGUGUUUGACCUUGUUCAUUGCUAUUGUUUCAGCAAACAUUACCUUCAAAGACUGUGGACACGGAGAGGUGACCGACGUUGAUAUUGUCCACAAGGGAAAGGAGACUUUAUUUAUAGUUACUUACAAAGCGAACCAGGAUACAACUCAAACCUCGUGGGAUUUGCUGGCCAUUGUGGGUGGACUGGAAUUGGACCUAGCUACACUGAUACCAAAGUUUGACAAUAAUGGCUGUCACGAGACUCCCUGUCCUAUUAAGAAGGGUGAGACCAAAGUACUCACAUUCCGGGUCACACUUCCCGAUAGCGUGCCAUCCAUUGACUCUGACUUUAAGGCCAUUCUUACCGUCUGUUUGGCACUCAUUAUAACUGCUGUCUCGGCUGACAUUGACUUCAAAGACUGCGGUAACAAGGAGGUAAUCAAGGUUGAAGUGAGCGGCUGCCCAAACAACCCAUGUAUUGUUCAUAAGGGAAAUGCUGCCACAAUUACCAUUACCUACAAAGCCAACCAAGAUAGCGCAAAGGCUAAAUGGGAUUUGCACGCCAUUGUGGAGGGUAGGGAUGUAGACAUGUCUACAUUAUUGCCUGACUUUGACAAAGAUGGCUGUCAUAGCACUCCCUGUCCUAUCAAAAAAGGAGAGGUGAAAAAGUUUACCCAAAAGUCUAUGGUUCCCGAGUCUGUGCCCGAUAUGGACGCCGUUUUUAAGCCCAUACUUGUCGGCAACAAUGGGAACCUGUUUUGCGUUACAUUUAACGGAGUGAUCAAGAAGUAAAAUUAUAAAUUACCAUGUUUGAUAAAAAUAAUAUUAUGAUUUUAUCCGUAUUUUAUAAAAACUGAUUUAUUUUUUAAUAAAAUGUUUUGCUAUAUUAAUA